GCUUGGACGGCAUGUCUGUCGAGGCGGUAUAAUCUAAAACCAAACCGGGAUAUUAUGAACCAGUCGAUGUGUUGACUGAGAUGCGACGGCGCAUGAAUUAAAGGCAGUCCCUCUCCACGGCGGGAUGAACUAUGAUCGUCGAUAAACGAGCAGAGGAACACGGAGAGACAAAUCUGACUCGACAUAAUAAUCCAUCUGGACAUUGGGAGCGAAGAUGAGGACCAUGAUGGCUUCGAUGAAAACGGCACUGUUCGUAUUUCUACACUGGGUGCUCCAGUAUGCUGUGUGUCGUGACGUAACCCUUCCCACUGGACCCCUCUACCGUGUGGCAGGGUUCCCCCUCUCCCUGCCCUGUACCGUAUCAGGAUACGAAGGCCCACGCACUCAGGAGUUUGAGUGGUUCUUGUACAGGGAUAAUUCCGGUGGGAGGCAGAUGGGAGUGGUGUCCACCAGGGACCAGGGUUUCCCAUACGCUCCGUUCCAGCCCCGGGUGAGGAGCGGGGAGGUGAGGGUAGAGAGGGACUCUGGGGACAUGGUCCGCCUGGUGAUCCAGAGACUCCGGGCUGAAGACCAGGGAAAAUACGAGUGCUACACACCCAGCACGGACAGCACCUUCCAGGGGAACUACAGCGGCACAGUGACUGUCAAAGUGAUCCCUGACACACUCCAGAUCAGCUUCUCCCGCUCACUCACUGGUCAGCCGGUGCCAGAGGGAGCCGAAUUAACACUGACCUGCUCAGCCAGCAUCCAGUCGGAGCAGCUCACGCAUCUGUCCAUCACGUUUGGGAAGCGCGGUGGCAGAGACGGUUCGGGGAGCGGAGCUGGAGAGGAGGUCAGCACCGUUCGAGAGAUUAUCUCCAUCGACAAGAUGCUGGGGGUCGUCCCUGGCCGUUCGUACCAGAAGCGCUACGACGACGGAGAGAUCACGCUGGAGAAGAGGAACGGGGAGGCCGGGCAGGGUGUGUACGUGAUGAAGAUGAAGGCGGUGCAGCCAGAUGACACCGGCUCGUACUUCUGUGAGGCCUCGCAGUGGAUUCUGGACCCUGAUCGAUCGUGGCAGAAGAUCGCACAGAGGACACUGGAUAUUGGCAACUUGACUGUUCAGCAACUCGCGGAGUCUCUGAGUGUAACGUCCUCACCCAGAGGGGAGGUGACCCUGCAGGUGGGUUCCCCUCUCAUCCUGACCUGUGAGGUGCUGGGGCUGCCAUCUGAAGUGAACUCGGGCCUGCUGGUUCAGUGGAUGAAGAGGGGAUCUGCAAGCAGCGAUGAAGUCGGCUCUGGGGGAGUUGAGGUGGAGGUGGCCCGGAUGAGCACGGAUGGUGUUGUGAGCUGGGGGGACGACCUCAGCAGAGCCAGCGGCGGCUCUAUGGAGAAAGUGGCGGAGGGGAGGUACUCUCUGAAGCUGUUCUCAGCCCGGCCCGGCGACACAGGGGUGUAUCGGUGUGUGGUGAGUGUGUACGCUGGAAGGACAAACCCUGGCCCGUCUACGCCUGCGACACUCACCCAGAGGUCCGAGGGAGUCACCGUCAACCUGAAGACCAAAGAUGUGCUGGUUUCAGCUGUGGCUCAGCUCCCUCGAGGACCCCUGUUAAAAAGAGGCAGCACUAUCACCCUCAUCUGCAACGCCACCGUGACGACGACAGGUCCCGCCCAGGCUCAGGUGCACUGGCUGCGUUGGCCGAUCCCUGAACUGGUUAGCAAGAAGGGAGAGAGUCCAGCAACCGAUGUCGCUCCACCAGAUCCCCCUGUUGUAGAAAAACCCACCCUCAUAGCUGCUCUCAUGUACAACGGUGUUGCAAAUACCUACAUCAACAGUAGUGAGAUUAGCAUCGACCGCCUGUCAGCUGUCAGCUACAGACUGAGAGUCCACACGGCCACUAUGGAUGAUCAGGGCAUGUAUGCGUGUCACGCCGAGGCGUGGGGUCAGGACCCGCAUGGAGGCUGGUACAACACGGGGGUCAAAACAGAGUCGAAUGCAGUGACCGUCUACCUGUACGCCAGAGCUGCUGACCUCCUCCUCAUCCCUUUGGUUAUCGGAGUCUCCUCUGCCUUGUUCGUGGGCAUUGUCAUCAUCGCAGCGGUGACCUGUUGCUUCAUGAGGCGCCUGGCGAGGGAACGAGCUCGAAAAUAGGCAUCCACUGUCGCUGUCUGUCUGAAAUCUGAUUGGUCACGAAGAGGCACAAAGAGACGAUGUGCAAUGAAAUGGCCAAGAAACAACUUCAAGACCAAAUGAAUUGAAAAAGGACUUUGUCACCUUGUUAAGUUGAUUGUCUGUGUUCUGACCUACCUGUUUAACAAUCAAUGCCAAAAGAGUCUGUUUUGUAUUCUCUUGUAUUUUUAUAGCCAUCUCUGAAAAACUGUAUAUUUUAGUGAUUGCUGCUUCACACACCAGUAAGUAAAUCCUAGAUGUUUGGAGGCACCACUGAAGCCACAGCUCUCCACUCCUCAAGUGGGCAAAGGCCUAAAAUGUUUUUGAAACCUGUCUCCAUGUUAGUGUAACCCUCCUUUUUUUAAUGAUCCCAUCUUAUCUUUCUGUUCUUAACUGGAAAAGGGUCAAAAUACAGAGGCAAGAUUUUUGUGACAUGAUCAAAAGUGAAGAAGGUACUGCAGGUGUGUUUUGAGUCCCUCUCAGAUUUGAUUGUUGAUCGUUAACAGUUGCUACCAAAUGCUACUCAGCCUGUCAGAUAAUGGUACUAGUUUCAUACAAAACAAAGAGCAUUCUGUUUUCACAAAUUGCUACUGUUCCGGUUGUUCCUUCAUGAAACUGCAUGUUUUUCUUUUAAUACAAAAACCAACAAUGUCUAAAUGUAUGUGCAUGAUUAAGCCUCUAGCACUGCCACUGACAGCCAGUCACAUGAAUGAUGAUGGGAGCCUCCAGAAACUUGAUAUGAGCAGGGACCUUCCUCUGCCUGCAGUCCAGCGCCAGUCUGCAUGUAAACAAUGUCUCUGUCUGUUACUUAAUAAGGAAGGCGCUGGCUGGGAAUUUUCUGAUGCCAAGACCAAUUGAGUACCAAUUCUAAACACAAGCAUUCCUCGCCAGAGAGGCAUCACGCUGUGGUGAGGUUUCUAUACGGACUUGUAUAGAUUUGACAAAGAGAAAUGGAAGAGAUGUCCAUUAUGCACUGACUGAAAUAUGUAAAUACUCUAUGGAGUUUAGCUGUUUUAUUUUUCUUAAUGUAAGUAAGACUGUGCUGUAGCGCCAUGUUUGUCUUUGACAAAGCACCUGUGUUUAACAUUCUGCAGCAGUCUCCUUCUGCUCUUUUGAAGCACUUGGACAAAAAAUGGGACUGGGACCAAAGCCCCUCGGUGUUCUUCUUUUACUUGAUUUUGUUCCAGCUGAAAAGUCAUUUCUUUGCUGUACUUUUGAGUGUUCUGUUCUUUCUUUUUGUGCAAAGUAAUGGUUCCUCUGCUCUUGUCAAGUGACUGAGAUACAAAAACAGUACUGUGAAAAAGAAAUCCCUGUUUGUUAGAGUGACAGGAAAACUGUUGUGUUUCACACUGUUUAGGAUACUUUCACCCUGAGGUGAAAAUUUUCUAAGCACAGCAGUCAUAUGACCAGAUAGUUUAGUGAAGUCUCACUAUAGUCGUCAUCAUAGCGAUCAUGUGGUUAAGGCCACACAUUUCUGCUGCCAAGACCUAUUAUGACUAUAGCCCCUGCUGCUAGCCCGCAGAAAUCUGUUGGACAGAUUUACUGUGUCUGCGCACUUAAAAUGAGUGAAAUCUAUCCUCCUCUUCCUGCUGAAAGUAACACUUAAGAAAAGUUUGGUCGUGUGAGUGUGGCCACAUUGUGUGAUUUAAGGUUAGAUACAUGUUCGUGGAAAGGAGGAGGAAAGUAAAAUUUGUUGUUAUCCAGCUUGCGGCUCUCUUGUUGAAAUUAUUUCAGGUCUUUUUUUUUUUUUUUUGGCUUUUCUAAAUUUGCUUGCACUGAGCUAUACUUUACUGUCUCGGUCUCUCUUUACUGUCUGUCUCUGUGUCCUGGUUGGUGUUCGCUGUGAGAGUCCCUGUAAAUCUGGCCUGUCCCUCCUAACCUGUGCUCCCUAAACCCUGAUUAUAAAUGUUGUUCACGAACAUUAGGGAAUAAAAUCACAGCUCUGCUCGCUUCCUGAGCCACUUUGUUCCAGAUCAACUACUCAAAGCUGAUUUUUUUUUUUUUUCCCCAACAUACCCACCCCACUAUAUGAUUACACACGCACACAGAGAUGCACGUGCUCUCAGCAGCAGCAGCAGCAGGACAGUACUGGCUGGCUGGCAUUUCAGAUGAAAGUGAAUGAGUAUCUGCGUGUUCGUCUCUAAUCCGCGUUUAUGGCUGCAGUGUGUCCUGCUGCCCUUCCCCCCUCUCUGUGUGUCUGUCAGUCGGUGUGGCUCAGUUCCCUGCGAAUUACAGCCAGCUGUAAGAAGCGUAGCUCAUAGCAUGCAAAGUACAAAAACUGUCUAAGUUGUGCUUUUGUUUAAAAAUGUGUUUACACCCUUUCAUGAAAAUGUUAUGUUUUGUUUGGAUUGUUCACUCAUGCUUAAAUACCACUGCUCCUGAAUGCAUCUUGCUGCCGAUGAAAUGUAUAAAGGCGGGUUGUUGCUCAGUCUGUCUCUUAUGGUGCUUUGGUAAACCUGCCGGUUGAUAAAACCAAUAAACCACU